CCGGCGCAAACUCGCUCCCUGCGUUCAUUUCAUUCCUGCUCUCAUUCCGUGCAUUCUUCGCAUCUCUGUCAAUGCGCGAAGCGAUUCACCUACACCUUCCUGGCUGGCCCAGAAACACCAGAAUAACUUGACAUAGUAUUCAAAAUACCCAGUAACAUCACAAUAUCAAAAGAAAAGGGGCAUUUGUAAAUGAGAUAUCAAUACCGAGUUGCCUCAGCCGGGAGUUGUUGGAGAUUUCGCUGGAGCAAUUUCGGACCACCUCGAGGAAAGAGACAUCGCAGGGGAGACUUGUUGCUUCGGCACGUUUGACGGCGCUGUUUUCACCCGCAAAUCGAAGUUUUGCGUGUCUUUUCCUAGUCUGCUCCAGGCUUCAGCUUGGAGAGCCCCACCGCCAAGAUUGAUCCCAGCAGCUGGAGCGGCAGCGAAAGCCCUGCCGAAGACAUGGAGAGGAUGAGCGACUCUGCAGACAAGCCUGUAGACAAUGAUGCUGAAGGAGUGUGGAGCCCUGACAUAGAACAGAGCUUCCAAGAGGCCCUGGCUAUCUAUCCUCCAUGUGGCCGAAGGAAGAUCAUCCUGUCAGAUGAGGGGAAGAUGUAUGGUCGAAAUGAGUUGAUAGCCAGAUACAUCAAGCUUCGGACUGGGAAGACGAGGACUCGAAAGCAGGUGUCUAGUCACAUACAGGUCUUAGCAAGAAAGAAAGUUCGAGAAAUCCAAGCUGCCAUUAAGGUACGUCUGGCUUUGCCCAGUUGCAGGGGGCUUUUCAUUGCCAUGGUUACAGGCUCUUCCUUUGUUUUCCUCCCCUCCCCUACCCCGCAGGUGUCUAGUCACAUUCAGGUUCUUGCCAGAAGAAAAUCUCGUGAGUUUCAUUCCAAGCUAAAGGUUACAAGUAUGGACCAAGCCGUGAAGGACAAAGCCCUCCAGAGCAUGGCCUCCAUGUCCUCGGCACAGAUCGUCUCUGCCACAGCUAUUCACAACAAGCUCGGUCUGCCAGGCAUCCCUCGCCCAGCCUUCCCUGGAGCAGGGUUAUGGCAGGGUAUGAUAUCGACUGGUCAGCCGGGAUCCUCACAGGAUAUUAAACCUUUCACCCAGCAGCCCUACCCCAUCCAGCCAACAGUCACAACAGCCAUUUCAAGUUACGAGCCCACAGCAGCUCCAGCACCCACAGCACCAGCAUGGCAGGGCCGCUCCAUUGGCACUUCUAAACUCAGACUUGUGGAGUUUUCGGCUUUUUUAGAGCAGCGGACAGACCCAGACUCGUACAACAAGCACCUGUUUGUACAUAUCGGACAGACAAAUCAUUCCUACAGUGACGCCCUGUUGGAGUCGGUGGACAUCCGUCAGAUUUAUGAUAAAUUUCCAGAAAAGAAGGGAGGACUCAAGGAGCUGUAUGGAAAAGGCCCCCAGAAUUCAUUCUUCCUGAUAAAAUUUUGGGCUGAUUUGAACUGCAACAUCCAAGAUGAUACUGGGUCUUUCUAUGGGGUCACCAGUCAGUAUGAGAGUUCAGAGAACAUGACCAUAACGUGUUCAACAAAGGUUUGCUCCUUUGGCAAGCAGGUGGUUGAGAAAGUGGAGACUGAAUACGCACGGUUUGAGAAUGGACGCUUUGUCUACCGGAUAAGUCGGUCUCCCAUGUGUGAAUACAUGAUCAACUUCAUCCACAAGCUAAAACAUCUGCCGGAGAAAUAUAUGAUGAACAGUGUACUGGAGAACUUCACCAUCUUAUUGGUGGUGACAAAUAGGGACACCCAGGAGACGUUGCUAUGUAUGGCGUGUGUGUUUGAAGUUUCAAACAGCGAGCAUGGCGCCCAGCAUCACAUCUACAGAUUGGUAAAGGAAUGAAAGCCCCAACUCCUAAUGCCUUCUACAGUUUUUUCAUAGACUUACCAACUUCAAAACAAGUGGCAGUGCCUCUAGAUGAGAGUCAAAUCUUCAGUACUCUGUGGUUAAGGUUUUGGGUAAAGUCUGUUGUUUAAAGUCUGUUUUAAUAUAAGUGUUUGUUAUUUGACUGCAGCUGUGAAUUGCGGUACAGUUGUUUUACGUUUUUAUGGGACUUUUCAUUUUAAAUAUGUCAAGUUGGUCUCCGUUGGGUGUACAUGUGGCCGUUCUAAAAGAAUUUACAACAUUAAUUUGGUAAAUGGUAAUAUGUGUUGUCUUAUUUCUUAUGUAAACUAAGGGAAAAACAAGGAAACAGCAGCCUGCAGUGGUGUGUACAAUGUGUUUUUAGGAUAUUUUGUUUGUCUGUGCUUCAUAGUUUGUAAGAAUACAUAUGUUAGGUAUACAUACAUGCACCCACAGCACAUAAAUUUCCCAAAGAAACAAAAUUAACACUAUUUUGGCAUAGUAGGUGAAAGCAAAUGGUUGUGAAAAUUUCAAAAAAAUUUAAAUAUUAAAAAAACAAAUAACUCUGCUUUCAGUCACAUGCCGUAUUUAUCCCGGCUGAAGCACUCCAGGUCUUAGACACCACCGAGAGAAUGAAUGCACUGUGAAAAAAUCAUUUUGCCUAUGUCUGCUCCUUAAAUGUAGAAAGUCGCCUGCUAAGUAUUUCUGUGUUGUAAACAAGUAUUUCGUCUUUGACAACCAAUGAGAGAAUUUUUUAAGUCCUAGACAGGUGGAAGUACAGCUAAACUGACUGAAUCAGUCUCAAUCUAGUCAGAAAGCGCUCGGUUCCCCUCCCUGUGCUCACCUCAGUAAUGCUCAUUUUUGCUCUGUGGCUUUUUAACCACAGUUAAAAUGAUUGUGACACUACAAAUCCCCCUGAAACGCUCUGAAUAUCUUUCCCCUCUGGGAUUGUGGUGUAAUAACUCCAGCCAGAGCCUCGCUGCCUUUUUACUCGCACCAUGUUCACAUGUUUCUGUGGCCUACACUGUUCUCAAGCCUUAAACAUGUUAAAGCUGGACGUGAACUCCAAAAGAUGCCACUAAAACUGUGAUUUUUACAAAGGACGACUAUUUGUUUGCAGUGUGUAUACAAUACAAUCUGCCAAAGUCUAAGUGUACAGUGCCUUAGGAUAUACUUCUUAGCCUUUGUUUUAGGUCUAAAAUCAGUUUUGUAAAUGGAACAGGCAAAAAUAACUAAGUACUGCUUGGUAUGUCUUCACUUCUUUGAAAUUAAGCUUCAUGAAAUCAGUGUGCUCCUACAAAUCCAGCUUUGUUGAUAUUUUUAAGACCCAGUUCGCUUCAGUUUAAAUAAGUUUGUAACCUUAGAGAGAAAUAUUUUCUCUAACCAUAAUAAUUUUUCUUAAAGACUGCCUUUCCUUUGCAGAAGACCAAAAAAAAAAAAAAAAUCUGGAGAAUCUUUUGUCAUGUCCUGCGUGGUAGUAAGGAAGUGCCUUUGGUUUCAAAUUUCCACCUUUGAAAAGCUCAAACAAAAUGUUGCUUGACCAAAAACGAGAUACUGUAUGAGUGAAACCAAUCACCACAUUGCCUUUUUAAAGGACUGAGGACUGACUGACAGCAGGGGAAGGAUAGUUAUUGGUUAAAUAAAUUAUAUAUUCAUUUUUUGUAACAAUGUAAAAGGAUUAAAAAAAAUAUAUGUAUUUGAAAAAAAAAAGAUCUAUUUCUUUGCUGGAGUUCAAAGACUUUUGAAAGACUUUGAUUUCUUUCACCCGCUGACUACAUGCAGGAUGUCAACUCAAAAACGCUGAAGCUGGCUGCUUCGUGCACACUUGCAGGCUCAAGUGUUUGUAAAAAGGUGUUUGGAAACAUUACAGUUUCCUCUUUCCCAUGACCACACACACUCACACAUAAUGAAAACCUUGGAAAACUUUCAGAGAUAUUACCUUUGAUGACGCAGGCACAACUGCCAUGCUGAUUAGACAGGGACUGCCACAAGCUUUUAUCUUUUAAUAAAAUGUUAAAAAUCAAAGUGAACUUUUAUUUAGCAGUAGCUCAGUAGUGCAGACUCUAAAAUCACAGUCAGGACUGUUUCGUAGUUAAAUCUGAAUUAUUUCCCAAAUCUUUCAUCACAGACUAAAGUUACUAUUUUAACAAUGCUACAGCGGUAUGGAUGGGGGCAUCAAUGUUAAAAUAUCUACUAAAUAUCAUGUUAUGGCAAACGUUUGACUUUCUUUCAGAGAAUAUAAUAAGAGAGUAAUUAAAAAUCUAAGUAACUGCAGACAAUGUCUCUGGAGGAUGUAGAUGGAGUUCAAUCAUUCAGUAUUUUUGCCACAGUCCUGUGGACAGUGUGGGGUUGUAAUAGUCUUUUUUCUUGUUUACCCUGUGUAUCUGUUCACAUUUAUUGAUUACAAACUGUAGUGAGAUGUUCCUGUUUACUUAUUGUACUUGUAUACUUUGUUUUGUGAUGGCAUUGUGUGUAUAUUGCAAGCCGAGUAACAUGGUAAUGUUGUCACUGCUGCACUGCUGUUACAUUCUGACAUUUUAACACGAAAACAGCAGGUCUGAUGCCUUCGGGGGUAUACAUGUCUGAUGGAGCAUUUUUAAAGGAAAAUGGACAGACAAAAACAGCUAAGUUUAAUCAUGCUGCAAACAUAUCAGCAGUUUUUUUUUUCUCCAGAGUAGGUACUGGUACCUUCCUGUUUUAUCGCCAUCUCUGAUGGUAGCUUUAAAGUGAUUCUUGACAUAGCUCACACAUAGCUGUCAUUCACUCAUUCGGGUUUUGUGUGCAGAUGUUUUCUUUUGUAAAAAGGUGCUUUGUAUAAAAGUAUAUAUUAGCUUUUCUUGGUA